UUUUCUCACUGUGAGUCGAGUUGCGAGUGUUUUUCAUUAAAAUUAUCCUUUGCCCAAGCUAAAUAUUAAAACCUGGCCGAAUGACAAUUUAUUUAUAAAAUGGAUGAUAGUAACCAACAUACUUUAGGCUAUUCUACAAGGGCGGCUUUAGUCAAAUUACGUGAUGAUAUACGUGCAGUGAUAGAUGAACACAAGCGGAAAAACAAAUCAGGGUAUGAGCUGAUGAAGAGUAUCAUAUCAUUUUCAUCCGAGAAGGUGCUGCUGUCUGGAGUAGCAUACACCAUAACAAUUGUGUACAUAGUCUGCCUCAUCCUAACAUAUUUGCUGGGCGAGUCGGUGCAGGCCCAUGCCUAUCUCCUCUGGGAGGCCCUCUUCUUGUUCAUAAUACUGGUUGUAAACUUUCUUGUCGCUUACAAUGAAGAAUAUCUCUAUAGGAAUGAGAUACCACACAGGGUCAAGAAAGUUUUAGACACACUAGAGCAAGCCAUAGAGGAGGCGAAGUGGAAGGAUGAGCACUAUCCUCAUCUGUGUGCUCCAUACUCCCCCUGUGUUAUUCUUCAGUGGACUUAUCGUGAUGCAACAAUAGUGAACCUGCCGUGGGCCCUGCUGGUGGAAGGUGACGUCAUCGUGCUACGGCCCGGCCAGGAGGUGCCGGGCCACUGCCGCGGGCUGCAGCCGGAAGACCCCGAGCUGUUCUUUGGACAGAUAUUCCAGCCUACGUCACAGAAAGAAAACUUCACUUCGCCUCGCAUCCGCACGCCGCACCAGAACAAAGCCUACAGGAUGCUGGAGACUCCAUACCUAAAGAACCUGAAGCUUGCUCUGGAACAAGCCACGACCAGGCCUGUGACGGUCUUUGAGAAGCAUAGGUAUUUGUGUACAGUGAAGAUAAUGGAGGGCAUCGUGCUGCCCCUCGUAAUAGUAGUGGUAGUGGCGGCGAGCGUGGCGCGUCACGUGCACGACCUACCGGGCGCCACGCACUGGACCGAGAUCUACUUCCUGCAGACCAUCGCCGCGUCGCUGCCGCUGCUGCAGAUCGUGUUCCCGCUCGCCUGGGUCACGCUCAACUGCUACGGGCUGGCGAGAUUUAAACUCCUCUCGGAAACACGCCAAAAGUAUGUCCGUCCGAAGUCUUGUUCCAUAUCAGAAGACGCCAGCGACCCACUUAUACAAGCGCUAAGCGAAUCUAAUCUAAAACCAGAGAGUUUGAAGUCAUUGGGCAAAACAUUUUUAAAUAUCCUCUUAGGUAAAGAAGACAUGGUCGCGAGGACGGCCAAUAUUGUGCACGUUCUGGGAUCUUUGUCGGCCCUCAGCUGCGUAGACAAGAAGGGUAUACUAUCGUGGCCUAACCCGACUGCAGAGAAGGUGUUUUUUCUCCGCAACUCGAGCGCUACCUCACACAGCUCGAGUAAGACGAGCCUGGCCGGCUCUAUGGGCCGCCAGAGCGAGACAACACUCGACCAGCUGGGCGACGGCAAGCAGAACCCAGAGCCGUCUACUAUUGUCGAAGUCCUGGACCUAACACACGACCAGAACGCGCCGUUCUGCGUGGAGUUCGACGACCAGCGCUGGCGGCAGCACCUGGCGCGCCUCAAGCCGCUGGGGCUGGCCGCGCUGCUCAACACGUGCGCGCCCGCGCCGCGCCACACCUACGCGCACUUCUGCGCGCACCUCACCUGCGAGGCGCAGCUCAGCGAGGAUUUAGUGCCGGUAACGAACCGGCGCUGCCUGUGCGAGCUGGCCAAGCAGAUCGGCUUCACCGACGCCGUCGCAGACUCCUACAGCGUGCAGAACUGUCUUGCUGUCUUCAGGCAUUUGCAAGCAGAUACAAUCCGGCGCGAGACUCGGUUCGUGCGGCAGUUACACCUUAGUACAAGAGUCAAAGUGCCGCUGCCGCACAUGCUCGCCGUGCUCGUCAAAGACCAGGCCAACCAGUUGCAGAUGCUCACGCAGGGCACAGCGGACAUAAUCCUGGACUCUUGCGUGGACUACUGGAACGGGCGCGACCUAACGCCCAUCUCGCCGUCCGACCGCAAGAAGAUCAUCGACUUCUACCAGAGGAACUCGCUCACGGCCUACUGCACUGCCUUCGCUUAUAAGCCGUUGACACGCGGCGUGGCACCGGCGCUGGCGCACUCAUACUUAGAACUGCCGGCCGACAGCCGCCCGCUGUACGCGCCGCUGUCGCAGCACUGGGCCGACGCGCCCGCGCUGCACUUUCACUCAACAGAUUCACUGCUAUUUAAUGAGGUGACGGAUGAAGAUGUCAAUGACGCGGAGGGCUAUUUUGACAUGCAGUGUAAUCAGGUUUUCAUCGGCAUGGUGACGAUGCAGUACCAGGCGCAAAGCGACAUGGUGGAGCUGAUAGAACGGUUAGAACGAGCGUGCGUUCGCUUCGUUCACUUCAGCAAAGAGAAUGAACUUCGCUCGCGAGUGUUCAGCGAAAAGAUGGGACUGGAAUCAGGAUGGAACUGCCACAUAUCGCUCAUGAACGACACUGAGCCCAGCAAGAGUGCGUCCCCGCUGUCGUCGCAGACGCUGGGCCGCGAGCGCGCGCACGCCGCCAGCGCCGCCGACAAGUAUGACGCCGCGAGAGGCUUUUGCUAUAGCAACACCAUAUCGACGAGCAAGGCGCUGUCGAUGUCCGCGCCCGGCGCCAUCAACCUGGAGCACACGACCGUCAAGUUUGACAACGAGAUCAAGAAAGCGCGACAUUCUAUUACGACGCACAGUGGACUGAAGUUUCAGCGCGGCAGCAUAGCCACUUCACACCCGUCAGCAGACUCGCUCUUAGACGAUGAUGACGACGACGCGGAAGGCGCGGAGUCGCCGGCGGACGCGUGCCGCUCGCUGUCGUGCCUCACCGACUCCACCGACCACUCCGCGCCCGUCAACUUCGACAUGAGCAACCGGGCCAAGCUGCCGCGCGGCAUCGAGAACAUCCGGCCGCACAUCGCGCAGGUGGACAACGUGCCGCUGCUGGUGUCGCUGUUCACGGACUGCACGGCGCGCUCCGUGCGCCUUAUGGUGCAGAUAAUGCAGGACUAUGGUGAGGUGGUUUGCGUCAUGGGAUCUGCUGCGAAUUGCCUCAAUAUGGAAAUAUUCAUGCAAGCGGAUGCAAGCAUAGCAGUAGAGCCGUUGUACCCAGUGCUGUGUCAGAAAAUGCCGCCUUACCAAGUACCUGACAAGUGCAUAGGCCCGAUUGACUUGGCCAGGGCGCUCAACUCUGUGCCUUGCUCCCUUUCGAUGACGCGCGACGCGGACGUGUCGCUGUUCACGCUGAUCACGAUGUCGCGGCACUUCACCACGUGCCUGUGGAACAGCACACAGUUUUGGAUGUGCAGCGUUUGCUUCAUCGCGCUGUUACAGGUCGGGUCGCUAUGUGCGUUCCUGCCCCUAGCGCUGAGCGUGGGCGGCUGCGCGUGGCUGGGCUGCGUGGCGUGCCCGCUGCUGGCCGCGCCGCUGGCCUGCGCGCCGCUCGACGCCGCCUGCAUGCAGCGCGCCGCCACGCGCCCGCAGCUCGGCGUGCACAGCCAGGCACGUAUGGCGUUAUUCAUAUUCUGGUGCUACGCCUGCAAGUUCCUCCCCGCUGCUAUCUCGAUCCUCGUUCUCUACGGGUACACUCUGCGGGAAUUUUGCGAGCAAAUCUCGAUCGCCACCAACGCGACGGGCUGCUGGCUAGUGUACCCCGUCAAUACGGGCGCCUUCGACCCCGAGCGAGACCUGACGCGGCGCAGCUGGCACGGCUGGGGUGACGACUUCUAUGACGGGCUGUAUCUGGCGCAGCAUAUCACGCUCGCGCUUAUUACUGUGCAUUUAAUUGUGAUAUCAUUGUCGUUCGUGCAUAGACAAUCUUCCAUAUGGCAGAAAUGUUUCUGGUCGAACCGAGUUUGGUCGACUAGUGUAGUCCUAUUAGUAUUAAUGCAAAGCGUGUUCAGCUGGGUGAUGCUGAGCAGCCAGUACGGGCUGUGCGCGCGCUGGGGGCUGUGCUCGCUGCGGCUGGCCGCGCGCUGGCCGCUGGCGCUCGCGUGCGCCGCCUCGCCGCUCGCCGUGUUCGCGCUCAACGAACUGAUCAAGUGGCAGGAGAUCAAAGCUGACAUCCGCAACCAGCGACGAGCCCGCUUAGACUUCGGGACAAAACUGGGAAUGAACUCUCCGUUUUGAUGAAAACAAUUACCUCUAGUCAAUUACGCUUUAGUAGAAUUUUUGAAUAUUUUUACCGUGUUUACUGAACGAAGCCAGAGGUGCGGUCGAGAUUUAUUUAUAAGAGAAAAAUGACAAUGUACUUAUGAUGUACCUAACACUAUUUUGUACUUACUUUAUUUAUAACGUCUGUUUCUAUGAUAAACAUGAAUAUUUCAAGAGAUGUUAUUAA